UGGCUAACUUCAUCGUAGCCCGAACCUUAUUGAUCUCUCUCUCUCUGCCUUCUCUUGUAUAUCUAUAUAUAUAUGCAUACACACGCACAAGUUAUCUUUUAACUCUGUGAUACAAUAACCUUCUACAACUUUUUAACUAGCAAUAUAUACCCUUUCUCUUCCUCUUUCUAUAUAUAUCCAUUCUGUGCAUUCUUUUCCAUCUAAAAUAAGCAAGCAAUGGAGAAUGCAGCAUUACAGUCUUUGCUUAGGCAGAAUUCAACACUCAAGAAACCAAAGACAAGUUCAUGCAAAACAUUCUUUAAAAUGUUCAAACUCUUCCCUCUUUUGAGUUCAGGUUGCAAGAUGGUAGCGCUGUUAGGUCGUCCACGGAAGGCGUUACUUACCCACAACGCAACAACGGGGACUUUCUUCGGCUAUCGAAAUGGAAGAGUAAUAUUAGCAAUACAAGAUGAUCCAAAAUGUUUCCCAAACUUUGUCAUAGAAUUACCAUUACUUACAAAUGCUUUACAUAAAGAAAUGGCAUCCGGGUUGGUUAGAAUUGCUCUUGAAAGCGAAACAAGAACUUCAAAGAGGAAAUUGCUUGAAGAAUAUGUGUGGGCUGUUUACUGUAAUGGUAAAAAAACUGGUUAUUCUAUCAGGAGGAAACAAACUUAUGAUGAUGAACUACAUGUUAUGCAACUUCUAAGAGGAGUAUCCAUGGGAGCUGGAGUUCUUCCUGCUGGCCCAAAUGAGAAAGAAACACUGAUUGACGGGGAGCUAACCUACUUGAGGGCUCGGUUCGAGAGAGUGGUUGGAUCAAAGGAUUCAGAAGCUUUUUACAUGAUCAAUCCGGAUGGUACAAGCGGACCUGAUUUGUGCAUAUUUUUUGUCAGGCAGUGAUGAUAAAAUUCAUUCUGUAACCCCAUAUAUCCUUGAACUAGUAGCAUAUAUGUUAUAUAGUACUCCGUAUAAUAUAACUACACUCUCUUUCUUAUGUAAAUGAAUGAGCUACAAAAUGUUUUCUUUUCUUAAUCGGAUGAUAAGAAAAUCAGUUCUAACUAAGAGGGAUUUAAAUAGUAACUUUCAUACAAGGAUAAGAAUUGUUCUACAGCAGUAUGCAAAUUAAAGCAUAAUGCCUGUCUUUUUGGCCUGUAAGAGUCUUUAAUUUUGAAGGAUGCUUCUUCAGGCCUAAGUAUUAUUUAGAGCAAAGUGCUAUCACUUUUUAAUUAAGAAAUCUAUUGAUUAAAUAAUACGUAAGUUUUUGAGUAUCAUCACUAGGAAUAGGAUCACCUUGAUAGUGAGGUUAAUCUGCAGUGGCUGAAAUCAAACACUACUCUGUAUUCUAGUUGCUGGGCAGGUCGCGGAGCUGUAACUUCGUGCAAGUUAAAACUUUUUUUUUGGUGUGUGUCGGCCAGGUUUCCGAAUACUGUUAUGUAACAACCGUUGGUACAAAUGAAUGAUAUUCUCU